CUUGGGAACAUGUUUGUUGUACUUCUGUCCUAUUUGAUGAUGAACUAAAAUAACAAAAACAAUAUACUCCACUGUGUUGAGUGUUUAUUACCGCACGUCGCACAAAAUGCCACGUUCAUACUUGAAAACAGACGAGGCGAGAGAUGCUGCGGAGAUGAAGUACUUACUUGCAUCCAAAAUUAGGAGGCGAAAAGAAGAAAUUCAUAACUACAUUCUAGAAAGGCGAGCUGAAAUUCACAAACGAAUCAGAUAUCGAAGGCAUCUUUUCCUCAAUUACCGGAGCACGAGAACGUUACCAUCACCAGAUGAAGAAGAUCUGCAAAAUCAUGUCCCGAUCCCUGCAGACCCGGACUGGUGGGAGAGAGUUGUGAUGACAGAGUUUGGACCAGAAGACUGGCUUGACAAGUUCCACGUCACAAGAGACAUCUUCCUCCUUCUGAGCGCUAAACUCAAGCCUCAGCUCGAGCAAGUGUAUCUAGAACAAAGCGGACAGACCAUUACACUGGAGAGAUGCAUUGCCAUGGCCUUAAUGCGUUUGUCCACCAGCGCAGAAUACUGCUUCUUAAGCGAACUCUUCGGUGUGCCCAUCCCAGCUGUGUGUCAGUGUGUACGAGAAGUGUGCGAAGCCAUCAUUUUGUUACUAAAACCUCUUUACAUGCAAUUACCAGCAGAUCAUGAACUUGAAGAACAUGCGGAGCAGUUUCAUACUCUGUGGGGUUUUCCUCACUGUAUUGGUGUCAUCGACUCCCUUCACAUCCCUGUUAAAUCUCCCUCCACGGAGACCCAGGAUUGCUGGAAUCCAAGAGGAUGGCACUCUGUUGUGCUUCAGGGUGUGGUAAAUGCACAAGGUACUUUCUGGGACGUUUGUUCUGGUUUUACAGGCAGCACAGAUGACAUGACCAUCUUGCAGAGUUCAGAGCUGUGGACUAUGGCAGAACAGGGAGGCUUCUGCUCUCAACCACCCAAAGAGCUCAUGGGUCAGCCGUUGGGAUUUCUGCUGCUGGGGGAUGCGGGUUAUUCGCUUCAGACCUGGCUGCUGAAAUGCUAUCCUGCGUCGGCAAAUCUAACUCCGCAACAGCAAACCUUCAACGCCCAGCUGAACCGUGGCCUUAAAGUCAUUGAGAACGCUUUCCAGCGCCUUAAGGCACGAUGGCAGUGUCUGCACAACAGAAAUGACAGCAAUGUAGACUUGGUAUCCAAGAUGGCUGUAGCUUGCUGUAUCUUGCACAAUAUUUGUAAUGUGUAUAACAGCCCGUUUAAAGAGGAGUGGGUUGAAGCGCUUAGUCAGAAUGAAUGUCCACAGCCCACAGAUGUGUCUACGGUCUAUAUAGAUGAUCCGAACGCAGAGGCAGUUCGUUCUCUGCUCUGUAGCUAUUUUGAGCAACAACAGCAGAGCAAACCACUUGAUCAGUCUUUAACAAGCAGCCCGGGUUUGUUGGUACCUGAGCCACCUCAAGAAGAUAGUGCUGGAACGGCAUAGUUUGAGUAUUGACUGAUCAUUUUAUUAGCCUGUUUAUAGCUGCCAUUUAAAGGAGAAGUCCACUUCCAAAACAAAGAUUCACACUUAAUGUACUCACCCCUUGGUCAUCCAAGAUGUUCAUUCUUUCUUUCUUUCUUCAGUCGUAAAGAAAUUAUGUUUUUUGAGGUGAGUAAAUUAUUUGUAAAUCGUUCUGGAAGUGGAGUUGUACUUUAAUAUUUUAAAAAUAAACAUAGCUUAGCAGGCAGAAAGUGUGUAAAUUGAUAGUAUUUAAAAACUAGUCGCAUAUUCUAUGACACUUGGGAUUAUCUGUUUUAUUAACAUUUAUAAAUAAGUGAAUUUUAAUAUGACUUCUAGAUCAUUUGACUUGGUACAUUUCAUUUGGCGUCUAAUGUAUUAAUAUUGUAAACAGUAGAUCUGUCUAAAUAUUGUUUAAAGUGAUUUUCUGCUUGUGUUGAAAAAUAAAUAAAAAAUACACUACCAGUCAAAAGUUUUUGAACAGUAAGAUUUUUAAUGUUUUUAAAGAAUUUUCUUCUACUCACUAAGCCUGCAUUUAUUUGAUCCAAAAUACUGCAAAAGCAGUAAUAUUGUGAAAUACUUUUACUAUUUAAAGUAACUGUUUUCUAUUUGAAUAUAUUUUAAAAUGUAAUUUAUUCCUGUGAUCAAAGCUAAAUUUUCAGCAUCAUUAGUCUAGUCUUCAGUGUCACAUGAUCUUUCAGAAAUCAUUCUAAUAUGCUGAUUUGCUGUUCAAAAAACAUUUAUUAUUAUUAUUAUCAAAUAUUUAAAACAGUUGAGUAAGAAUAUACUCAAAUGUACAUUGAGUAUUUAUAGAAAUGAAUACUUACAUUUAGCAGAGAUGCUUUAAAUUGAUCAAAAGUGUUGAUAAAGACAUUUAUAAUGUUACAAAAUAUUUCUAUUUCAGGUCUUCUGAACUUUCUAUUAACAAAGAAACCUGACAAAAUUCUACUCAGCUGUUUUCAACAUCAUCAUAAUAAUAAUAAAUGUAUUUUGAGCAUCAAAUCAGAAUAUCUGAAUGAUUUCUGAAGAAUCAUGUGACUGGAAUAAUGAUGCCAAAACUCACCUUUGAAAUCACAGGAAUUAAUUGCAUUUUAAAAUAUAUUUAUAUAGAACGCAGUUCUUUUAAACAGUAAGAAUAUUUCAAAAUUUUACUGUUUUUGCUGUACUUUAGAUCAAAUAAAUGCAGACUUGGUAAGCAGAAGAAGAAAAGGCUUAUUUAAAAACAUUAAAAAUCGUACUGUUCAAAAACGUUUCAUUGGUAGUGUACGUAUGGCAUUUUAAUGUGUGUUUGAGAAUUUUUGAGAUUUACUUAAAACCCCCCAAAUCGUAA